AAGCUUGAAGAUAUCAAAGGGGUAAUGCAUGGUUGAAAGUAAAUUGAAAGAGAUAUUUAAUUGAACUGCCCCUUGAACAUGGCUAUUAGACAUCAAAGAGAGGAAGAGAAUUAUAUCAUGCUUGGUAGAUAUCAUUUACCGACAUGAAAGGUGAGAGGUAUAAGAUUGCAAAGAAACAUUGAAGCUUAAGCCAGAGUCAUGAUUAAAUGUUAAAUAAAAUAAUAAAAACAUUUUUUU